AUGGAGCAACAGCAGAUUUUAUCAGAAGAUCAAGAGGUUGAAAUGUCCGUUCACACCGAUGAAUUCAACAAGCAAGAUGAUGAAAGCCGACAAGAGGAGAAACGGGAAUCAGAGAUCGAAAGUCGACCCUCAACAAGUACUGAAGACGGGAUUUCAUUACCUAUCGUGGAUGGUGUUAUCUACAGCUACAAGUAUAUAUCAAAGGUCAAAGAUUUACCGGUCAAAGAUAUGAUUAACAGUUCUGUGAAAAGGAAUAUAAGACUGCCGAAGAUUUAUUUAACUGGUCGACCUUUCGAAAUCUCAUUCCUUCUAGAUACAGAUUUCAUUUCCGAGCGAGAUCUUUGGGUGGACAAUUUAGGUUCAUGGGCUGGUACCGUACGAAGACCAACUUGUAAGAGUAUAAGAGUUAACGCUGCAGGUGUUCCGGACACCAAGCAUCCAUAUUAUAUCAUAAGGAAAAAAUAUGGCAGCCAUCCUCAUUCGGAUCCACCUCUUGGUUUAAUGAAAUGUUUGUGUUAUUUGACCCGAGAUGGACGAGCAACAGGGAAUGCUCUACUGUCGUACAAAUGUUUGGAAAAUUGUAAUCUUCAACCACGUCCUCAUGGAAAUAAUAAACAUAGCCAGAGUCCAUACAUGAGGACAUAUCCAUCAACUUUGCUGAAGAUCAAAGAACGUAUUGGAUCACAAAGUCCGGCAGCUAUUUGGAAUGAACUAUCGGUUGAUUCGGCUGGUAAUAUGGAUGCACAAGCAACACUUCGGGAUAGGAAGCAGGUUUAUAAUGCUCGACCGAUUCGAAAGAAAUCACCAGAUCCACAGACGCGAGAUGAUAUUAAUCAUCUCAAGCUACGUGUGGUAGCAUUGGAGGAGCAGAAUAGCAAGUUGAUAUUUACGAAUGCUAGUUUAAUGGAAUUAGUGAAUGAUUUACACAAGGCGAAGCAAGAACUGGAAGCGGAAAAUCGUCGCAUAAAGCAGGAUAGUCAUCAAGAAAGGACGAAUGGUUUAUUACUUUCCCAUUCUACUAUGCUUGGUUAUCCCGGGCAACAUGUGGAUAAGACUCGAGCUGAUAUCUAUGAAACGGGAGCAGAAACAACGGUAAUGGUACGUAAUCGAUGUAUUGAAGAAUGUCGAAUGCAGGAACCUCCAUCGAUAAAUCAAUCAGCGUGCUUUGCAGCUAUUUCAGGUCACAAAUACUGACUAUAAUAAGAAUGUCGACUAAUGUUUUCUAACAUCGCACGUGUAUUAUAUUAUAUAAUGAAAAUAUAACAAUAUUUUCUCAAAACUAUUUGAGAUCUAUUCAUUUUUAAUGUAUUGUGCAUUGAUGUAUUGUGAACUUAGGAAUUACUGAUGAACCGGGUAAGAUGUGUCAAAAAGUCCUGCAUCCUGCUCUAAUUGCUUCUUCAUUUAAUGCUUAUUUCAGAAUUCAUUACAGUAUUCUUAUCUAUAGUAUUGGUAUUUUGUGAUAUUAUGCGAUAAACGUGUAAAAUCUUUCUUGAUGAUUUGUAUAACGCUCCUAUUCAUUGCUUAAAUAGUUGAAUUUACAAAGAAAUUUCUGCAGACGUUUCUGUGCUUAAUUGUAAAUAGCAAACUUUUAAAAUUUUUC